GUUGAUCUGAAUCUCUAGAAUAAUUUUUCAUAUAAAUACAUCAGAUUUCACGCAAUUACACAUAAUCAUGGCUUUCUCUUUCCUAUCCUUAGAAAUCACUGCGUUCCUCCUUCUCCUGCGUUUAUCUCUACUGACAGCUGUUCAACCAAGUCGGCAUUACGAUGCGAAUCAACUUCUUCAAUGGGCGCGAUACUUAAAUCAUUUCAUCUUGCAUUAUGAAAGGCAGAUUAUAGACUGGGGUAAUAAGAAAGCCAUUGCGGAAGAAAUAGCGAAAGAAUUGGAAGAUAACUUGGAAAUAAGGGCCUUAAUAACAGGCAAAAGUAUCACUAAGUUUGUGGAUUGUCUAUACAAUACUUCUGAAAACUACUACCAACCGGAAAUUUACAGAAAUGAUUUUUUCUACAUAUCUGAGAGUAGAACUCUCUGGAGGGAAUCGUUACGCUAUGGAUCUGAAUCCGGUCCAAGCCGUAUCGGACAACAGCCGGAUAUGAGUGAAUGUGAUAGUCUUCUGUCGGUUAAUCGCACUCAAGGAAUAAAUGAAUUGACUCAACGGGUGAUACACGUCAGUUAUUUGAAACACCUGUGGGUGAUAGCUUAUGAAACCAGAUCAAUUUAUGAAAAUGUUAAGACAAACAUGAGGAUUGCAUACCACGACAUGACGGGACAUUUACUAGACUAAUUCGUGUCAGAUGAACAUAUGUAUUCAACUGUGAUAAUUAUAAAAAUAAUACUGAAAGUAAUAAUAAUGAUAUUUUGACAUCCCUUUGACUUCUCC